AAAAAGGAAACCGUUUUUGUAACUUCUUUACAAAAACAUUAGUAUUUAACGUUUAAGCCUAUGUAGCCUGGGUCUAUCUUCCGUGUAGUACUGAGACUGAACACUAAGGGGAGUCAUUCUAUAAAUGUAUUGAUAGGCUGGUUCAAACGGAAUCCAAAGCUAGACUUAACACGGUUAAACAAAAUACACUAUUGUAAACGGUCUUUGGUUAAGGCCGUGUUUACCUGUUUCGUGGUAAUAAAUGGUCAUUUUUUCAUUACUCAAUGAUUUUUUAGCAACUCCAACGCGCCGGUUUUCCCGUUGGCAGAAUGGGACCAAUGAGAAGACACGCUUAGGUUGUAUUUGGCGGAGCCCACCGUCAAGCGCUGUCAGUUUGGAAAGUGCAGUGACCAUGCCCUUGGAACUUCAAUGAAAACACAUAACUACUUUUUAGCAAUAUUAAGUAUACACCUGCAAAAUUCAAGGGCUGAGAUAACACCAUCAUGGGGUUCCUGCUGUCUAAAUCCAUGGACCAGAACUUUCAGAAGCAACAGGAGUUCAUGCUGCACAAUGCCAGACUUCAGAUGGAGCGUCAGAUCCUGAUGCAGGACCAGAUGAGGGAGAGGAUGGCGGCCAUGCAGAUUGCCUGGUCCAGAGAGUUCCUCAAGUACUACGGAGCCUUCUUCAGUCUAGCCACGCUGGGGCUGACCGUGGGUGCAAUAAAACAGAAGAGGCCGGCCUACCUUGCUCCCCUGGUCCCUCUCAGCUUUGUGCUAGCCUAUCAGAUGGACAUGGCCUACGGAACGUUAGUCUACCGGAUGAGGGGUGAGGCAGAGAGCAUCAUGGCCUCUGAACACGAUCGUCUGCCCAUGCCCCACGGGACUCCAACCUACGAGAGCAUAGAGAAGGCUCGCCGUGCUCGCAGUCACCUGACGUCACUCCUGGAGAAAUAACGCACACCUGACUUGGGGUGGGGUCCGUGGAGCCAGCCAUCCAAUCAGCACAGACCCCAGCACCUCCUUCCUUGAGGAUAGGACGAUUGAUUGGUUCACACCUUCAUUGACAGACAGUCCCAGUACCAAGCACAUAAACAAUGAAAGAGAUGAGCUGCAGGAGUUACUGUUCAUAUAUACAGGAGCUGCAUACAAGUCAUGCUAAAUUAGAAUCAUGUCACUGAAUCAUUCGUCCAGUACAGAAUUAGAAUUAAGUUAUUGGUAUUGUCCUAGUUCUAUUCUGUCCAAUGGUAUUACAUGUAUAUGGGUGCUGAUACUUAUUAUAUACAGUACUGGAUACAGUAAAUAUUAUACUGCAAAAUGGAGGUCACUGGUCAUGAUUGUGACAGCCACAAUGUGUCACCACUUUGGUAGCAAUAUGUGCAUUAACAGUGAAAAGUAUGCUCCGUAAAUUAGCCUACAGUUGCCUUUUUUGUUGAAUUAUUUAGGAAAAUAUGUCAUUGGGAAUGUGAUUAGCACCCAUGUUCUUUAAAAACAAACAACACUAUUUUUUUAUUCUAUCAUGUAGGCCUACUUUUAUAAUUUGCCUACAGAAGAGAAAAGCCCAAAUGACCGUCUAUAGCUCUUUAUGUAUACAUAUAGAGGCAGGGAAAAAUCUGUUUCCAUAUUGUCUGAAUCUUCCAUGAUGUCAGGUCAUUGUAUGAUAUGUACAUACUGUGCCUUUUUAAACGAAUAAUAAAGUCAAUUUCAGAGGGUUACUGGUCUUUAAUUCCACCCGA